AUGGAAGGAAUGAAGGCUGGAGCUUUUGUCGAAGGCGGGAGUACAUCUGAACUUCCAUCACCAAAACUCCGUAGCACAUGGGAGCCUAUUGACUAUUCAGCUGCAACACGAUUCCAGGUUCUUAAGCACGGCCAUCCCGGUAUCUGCAAAAACGACAAGACUGUAGCCACUUCUGGUCCAGAGAGGAGACUGAAGCCCGCUGGGGCAGGUGAGGCAGCGAGCGGCCCGUGCAGGCGACAGGUUGUGCACGCGGCUCGGCUCGCCGUUUAUUCCUUCCCAUUUGCAGCGGGCUGCGGCGCUUUGUGUCCGACUGCAGAGCUCGCCUCCUCCCUGCGACAGGUUGUGCACGAGGCGGGCUACGCCGGCCAGGGGCUCAGCUCGUGGGAACCCGCCGGCCGGCGCGGCAGGUUUCGUGAUGAGUAUUCACAACUUGUCUUACAGGCUCUGGCUGUUCUUCUCCCGUUCCCAACAACAUUCUCAGCAUAUGCAGCUACGAAGACAAAAUACCGCUUGACUGGAUCUGCACCUGAUAUGCAUCUUCAGCUCUUUUCUUUCGUGCCUAACACUGAACAGUUGAUCAAAAAUAAGAAAACAUCAUACCUACCAUUAUACGGAAACAAUUUUAUCAAUUAACAGUGGAGUCAAUACAAUGUUAUUAUGUUUAUUGUAUUAU